AUGGCGCAGGCGGGGGACGCGAUCUUCUUGUUGGUUGAAGGCGUGCUCAUCGUGUCCUUCUUCGUAUCCUGCAUCUGCAGCGCAUGUUUACGGAGACAGCAGCGCGCGAACGAGCAGGGGCAUCCGAGGGCUCCGGUGGUGGCGGCGCCGCCGCCGCCGCUGCCGCGUUACCAGGGCGACGAGCGGCUGAGUGCCCCGGUAGUGCUGGCGCACUUCCCGUACGCGGCGCGGGCCAGGGCGGCAUCGGAGCCGCCGCCGGUGUGCGCCAUCUGCCUGGACGAGCUCCGGCAGGGCCAGCUGUGCAGCGAGGUGCCGGCGUGCCGGCACAUCUUCCACGAGGGGUGUAUCCGCGUGUGGGCGAAGAAGAAGAACAGCUGCCCGCUGUGCAGGGCCAGGGUCGUGCUGCCGCGAGCGGCGUACGGGGUAGCGUCCGCCGAUGACAUGGUGUAG